CGACACAGCCUCAGAUAUAAAAGGAGCAGACCGAGCAGGUCUUAGACGCUGUGAGAGCCAUACACCCCUCACCUACACAUAACACACACCCACAUACACGCCUCCACCUCCUGCACCGUCCCCAUUCAUUCCUGCGCACAUCCCCUACAGUCAGUCUGACCGGAUGAGUUACCCGGUGGACACGAUAGGGAGCCCCUUCAGGAGAAAUAUGGAUACAAGGCCGACCAGCUACGGCUACAGCCGCUCCAUCGGCACCCCCUCCAGCGGCUUCCGCUCCCAGUCUUGGUCCCGGGCAAGCCCCGGCUCCACCAUGACCACCUCUUACAAGAGGACCGUGAAUAUGCCGGUGUCCCGAGCAUACAGCUCAACGGUGCUCAGCUCCGCCGACAGCGUUGAUUAUGGUCAAACCAUCCUGAACGGAGACUACAAGCGAUCUAACGAGAAAGAGCAACUCCAAGGGCUCAACGACCGGUUUGUUGUUUACAUUGACAAGGUGCACUACCUGGAGCAGCAGAACAAGCAGAUCGAGGCGGAGAUCCAGGCACUGCGGCAGAAUCAGGUGUCGCGCUCCCAGCUGGGCGACCACUACGACCAGGAGCUGCAGGAGCUGCGCUCCAUGCUGGAGCAGAUCCACCAUGAAAAGGCGCAAGUUCAGCUCGACACUGACCACAUCGAAGAGGACAUCCAGCGGCUUAGGGACCGCUUUGACGAAGAGGCUCGCAUCCGUGAGGAGACAGAGGCCAUAAUCCGCGUCCUGAAGAAGGACACGACCGACUCGGAGUUGGUGAAGUCCGAGUUGGAGAAGAAAGUUCAGUCGCUGCAGGAUGAGAUCGCCUUCAUCCGCAACAAUCACGAGGAAGAGGUGAGCGAUCUCAUCGCCCAGAUUCAGGCGUCUCAGGUGACCGUGGAGAGGAAAGACCUCCAGAAGGCAGACAUCACCGAGGCGCUCCGGGAGAUCCGCUGCGAGCUGGAGGGCCACUCCAACCAGAACCUGCAGCAGGUGGAGAACUGGUUCAUGUGCCGCUACGCCAAGCUCACUGAGGCUGCGGAGCAGAACAAGGAUGCCAUAAAGUCCGCCCGUGAUGAGAUAUCCGACUACCGCCGCCAGCUGCAGUCCAAGACGGUGGAGUUGGAGUCUGUCCGCGGAACAAGAGACUCGCUGGAGAGGCAGCUGAAUGACAUCGAGGACCGCCACAACAGCGAUCUGGCCAGCCUGCAGGAGACGAUUCACCAGCUGGAUAAUGAGCUUAAGAGCACUAAAUGGGAGAUGGCUCGUCACCUGCGCGAGUACCAGGACCUGCUCAAUGUCAAGAUGGCAUUGGACAUUGAGAUUGCUGCAUAUAGGAAACUCCUUGAAGGUGAAGAGACCCACUUUAGCACUUUCCCUUAUCGCCAGGCUGUCACCUCCACCAAAAAGUCUAAAUCAGAACCUCCUAAGCUUAAAGUGCAGCACAAGUUUGUGGAGGAGAUCAUCGAGGAGACAAGGGUAGAGGACGACAAGUCUGACAUUGACGAGGCCCUGGCAGAGAUAGCACAAGAGCUGUCUGCUACACUCGGAGAUGGUGCAGAGGCAGAGGAGGAGCAGGGAGAAGACGCAGAAGAGGGAGAGGGAGAGGAAGCAGAAGGCGAGGGAGAAGAGGCGGAGGCUGAGGGCGAGGAGGAGGAAGUUGUAGCCGCCACCGAAGCCAAAGUUAGCUCUAGCGCACCCACUAAAGAGGAAGAGGAGGAAGAUGACGGAAAAGGUGAUGAGGAAGAAGAGGGAGAAGGUGGUGAUGAAGGAGAGAAGGAAGAAGAAGGUGAGGGAGAGGAUGAGGGAGAAAAGGGUGAUGAUGCAGAGGGAGAAGGUGGUGAUGAAGGAGAAGGAGAAGAGGAAGAAGAGGAGGAAGUUGAGGAGACAGUAUUGUGCUCCAAAGCCCCAGAGUCUAAAGCCUCUCCUGACAAAGAGAAGGCCGGAGACAAAGAAGGCAGUGGAGGAGAGGAGGAAGCCACCGCUGAAGAGGAGGGUGGCGAUCAGGAAGAAGAUGGCGGAGAUGAGGCAGAUGAAAAAGAGGAUGCAGAUAAAGCCAAGAAGGAGGACAGUGAAAAAGACGAGACGGUGAAGGAAGAGAAAGAUGACAAAUCAGAAGAAGUUGUAGCCAAGACAGAAGCUCCCAAAACAGAAGCUGCAAAGCCCGAGACCAAGAAGGAAGAGGCUCCCAAAGCAGAGUCCCCAAAGCCUGGUUCCCCCAAGUCUGAAUCCCCUAAACCUGGUUCUCCUAAAUCUGAAUCUCCCAAGCCCACAUCUCCAAAGUCUGAGUCCCCCAAAGAAGGCUCACCAAAGGCUGGAUCCCCAAAACCCAGCUCACCAAAAGCUGAGUCCCCUAAGUCAGAAUCCCCAAAACCUGAAUCCCCAAAAGCUGAAUCCCCAAAAGCUGAGUCUCCAAAAGCUGAAUCCCCCAAACCCGAAUCUCCAAAAGCUGAAUCUCCCAAACCCGAAUCUCCAAAAGCUGAAUCCCCAAAGACAGAGACCGCCAAGCCUGAGGCCCCUAAAGCUGCUGAAGAGAAAUCAGAGAAAAAGAGCGACUCAACAGAUGACAAGAAGGUCGAAAAGAAGGAUGCUGCCAUGAAUGGCGAGAUAGAUAAGAGCAGCCCAGAAGAGAAGGAGAAGAAAGAUGAGGAGAAAGAAACCGAUGUGAUCGCCAACGGCAUGGACGAGAGCCCCGUCAAGGAAGAUGGCAGCCAGAAAGUGGUCAUCACCAAAACUGUGGAGACCAUCACCACUGGAGAGGACGGAUCCAAGCACGUCACCAAAUCAGUCACUGUGACCGAGACAGUGAAGGAGGUGGAAGAAGUAGAGGAGGUGAUGCAGGAGAAACUGGUGUCCACCAAGAAGACUGAGAAGCACUCCACCCAGUCCAUCAAGCAGGUGACCGAGGCCGACUGAGGAGACUCCAAACACUGCUGAUCUGGAUGGGGGACCAGAGUAGAGGACACGAAGACAAGCAAUCAACACUGAACUAACAUAAAGAAAAUCAUACAGCUAGAGCGAUGUAAUAAAGAUAAUCACUCUGAAACAUACAAAACAAAUCAUAGAGAGAAGCCAAAAUCUAAAUGCUACAAAAGUUCAAAAAUGCAUGUUGAGUGACAGCUUUAAAUGGGCUUCGCUGCAGACGCGGUCAGGAGCAAGCGAUCGGGACAUUUUAUCCUCUUUUUCUUUCUUUCUGCAGUUCACGGGUGACCUCACGGGAGGGAGGGAGGGGGCUCUCUGCAUGCUAGCUCAGGAGAGGGGAGUACGUUCCUCUCUUAUCUGUAUGGUAGAAAUGCACUGUAAAAAGAGUAAAUAUGUACAAGGAAUAAAUAUAGUACGGGUGGGUGAGUUAGAGAUAUAUUAAGAGAAGUUUUUUGAGUUUAAAUAUCAAUGGUGGGGGACAAGCAGGUGGGAGGGUCCCCUGCAAAGACACGAGAUCUACUGAAGCCUUACUUGACAUGUGAAGAUACCAACUGAGCCAAAAAAGACAACAAUAACACAACAUACAGUGAAGAAAGAGGUGGGCAGCAAUAUGAUAAACACAUGACCAUGUACAUCCAGUAACUGAAGCAGUUAAAGCUUAAAGAACCUGAAGAAACUACUAGCCUUAAACAUGCUUUUUAUCAGUGUCUGUUAUGUUUACCUGAGUGCAACUGAAAAAAAAACAAAAAAACACUGUAAAUGCGCAGAUACGUGCAUUCUUGUAUGCAUAGGAUGGACUUGAAUUUAAAUACAGAAAUAAAUGAGGUGCUACUGUUUGCAAUCCCAUGACUUUACUCAUCAUGAACGA